UAAUGAGAAAAGGAAAUUCAAAAUAUGGCAACUCCACUACAUUUUGUUUUUUCUAUUUCUUAACAAUUUCAGAAGAUUUUUGCUGUGGCCGCAUGUAUAUUUAUUAUAGCUCAGCAUUUGCAUGUUAUAAAUAAGAGAUUUUACGGAAAGGAGUGAUCUUCGCAGUUGAAUAGUGUCGGUCAACGGGGUAUCAGUGGGAGGGUGGAUUAGUGAUUGUUUAUAUAAAUCGUACAUGGUUUUAAUGAACUAUUAAGGAACAGUUAUUGGUGCGGUAUGAUGAAUAAAUUAAAAAAUCAAAACUUCAGGGAGUAGCAUUAAGAAUAUGUUUACUGGACAUCGCUGAAAGGACCAAAUUAUUCUAUUACGGUUAGUAUUCAUUUAGAUCAUUAAAAAUGAAUUCAGCGCCAUCAACGUCAGAAAUGACGCCACAACGAAAGCGUGUUGGUAGGCCUCCUAAAGCAACGCAGCUGAAGCAAUCGGCUGACGCAUCGCUACCAUCACAAGAAGAGAGUACACAAACGCCUAACCAGUCCAACGAUACAGAAAAGUUUGCGAAUCGUAGUAUAAAUGAUAGUAUUAUGGAAGUUGAGGGCGGUAUCGUGGCUAUAUCUCCACCACCGGCCAAUGCACCAGCAGAUAAGGUUAAUCCUCGUAUGACUGCAACACCAUCAAGUAGCAACGAGUGCAGGCGAAGUUCACGUAAAAAGAUCAUAAAAUUUGACGUAAGAGAUUUAUUAAACAAACAUCGAAAACCACAUAAAAUCCAAAUAGAAGCUCGCAUAGAUUCAAACGCUCCGCAAUCACAAAAACCUACAGCAUCGCCAUCAUUUAACACCGGUAGCAAUACAAGCAGCUUAGCGCCAGCUUCAAGCUCUGACUUAAACAGUAAACAAAAAGCAUUUAUGGAGAAAUCCGCAAUAUUUCGUCGUAUAUCAAUAUCAGAACAACAUAAUAAAAUAAAUGCGCCAAUACUUCCACCACCCUUAUCGUCCAUACCCAAAAUCGGUGUUUUAGGUAAGAACACAAUCAAUUUGAAGAGUAAUGUGGAUGCUAUGCCUACAAUAGACCCAGCGAAAAUAGCACAAGCCAGACGGUUAAGUCGAACUCAGGAAAUAUUUAACGCCAGCCUGAUAAAAUCAAAGCAGAAUUCCAGCUUAAUAAUAGCACAAAUUGAAAGUAAUACAUCUAGUACCAGCAGUGGGUUCAUGCCUCCAGCAGUUCUGUCAUCACAACAGCAGAAAAAGUCAACAAAUGUAUACAACAAACGUAAAAGUGUUUCAAAUUCAUUUAUUUCGCCUACUACGGUAGCUGAUCCAAAGCCUUCGCUUACAGAAUCUGGCACACAAAAGCGCCGAGGUCGUCCACCGAAAAAUAAAAAUCCUGUAGCUCAAAACCCUUUACCAAAAUCAAAUCUAAAGUCGGAGUUUCAUAUUACGGCUGAAGAUAAAGAAGCAGACGAACAUCAGCAAUAUUCUGUCGAAAAUAAAGAAAAGCAAAAUAUAGCUAGUAAAGAAACUUCUUCAAGUGCUACAAAUUGGACGGAGUACAAAGCAAAUUUAAAAUGUGCUGAAAAUUUUGACAACCCCGUUGAACAAAAUCCUAUAUCAAACGAAAGGAGCUCGAUACAGCAUGAAGAUGUCAUUUUAGAAAUAUCAUCUACUUCUUCCAUAUCUGAUCACGAAUAUCAGGCUAAAACAGUACAUCCUCCAAAGGAUAUACAUGAGUCACAACAAAGAAACUUCGCCUCCGUGUGCAUUUGGCAAGAUAGUCAAAGUAUUUGUGAAACUACAUCCGCACCAGAAUUCAUUGUGGCCGCAGUUGAAGAGAUAACAUCGGAAAGUUCACCAGCUGAUAAAUCUAUUUCCUUGGAAGCUGAAAGUGAAACAUGUUCACAAAAAACGGUUGAUAUGUUAACGGAAUGUGAUCAAAGUAUUGCAAUUGAUUUGGAUUCGAAUAAAGAAAUUGAAGCAGAGUCGGAUUCUCUUUCGGAAAUUACAUUUGGCAUGUCCGGCGCAAGCCGCAAAUCGAGCGGUUCCGAAUCAGAGGGCAGCUCAGAUCGUAGUAAUAAAAGCUAUAAAAAAGGCGAUAAGUUGCGUGUAUCUUUGAAACGCUUAACAUUGCCACCGAGUACAAUCACAUCGACUAUUUCGUUAUCAUCGGCUUCUAGCUGCUGUAGUGACGUCAUCGCUGGUAGCGACAACAACAGCAAUACAAAUAACAGCAGUGGCGUAAGUAGCGGUACCGCUAACACUACAGGGCUAAGUACCGCAACAGCAAGUAAAAACUUACCGACAAGACGAUCUCAUCGUUUCCCUAAAAAGAGUUUUGACAGCAAAUUUAUAGUGGAAGAACGCAAUUGUAAAGCAGAAGUAUCAUUGAAUGAGAAUUUAGAUACUGAAGUUCUACUAAAGAUGACAACAGAUGUAGAGGAGAAAACUAGUAAACUGCCAAUUGAGAGAGUUACUUCAAUGGCCGUUAAAACGGAUAAUGACUUCGAAGAAUCGAUUGAAGAAAUGAAAGACUUUGCAGUUACAACAAUUGAAAACGUUAGUGUUGAUUUGGUUACGCCGCAGCAAGUGGAAACACCACCCGAUACAAUUGCUGUGGAGGAGCUCUCUACCGAACAUAUAAUUGAUAAUGAGCGUAGAGAGCAUGAUAAAAAGGUCAGUGAAGAGUCGCCUUCUUUAUCGUGUGGCACAAAAAAAGACCCAAUCACUUUGCCACUUAAAAAACAGGUGAGCAAGUUUAAAAUGUACGAAGCGGCAGUUCACAAUGUGGCGGCAAAUGUCGCGACUAGUACGUUGUUGGAUAUAUUAAAUACCGUUAAACAGAAUGAUUUAACAAUGGGAACAAAAGCAUUACAGCAUUUGCCGACAGUUGAAGAUGAUACAUGCCCUGUGAUAGCGCCUAAAGUAGAGGAGGAAAACAUAGCAAUUACUGCAGCCGAGAGAGAACUUGAAGCUGGCAUGUCAAAUAAUAGUGUCACGACAAUUGUUUUGGAAGAAUCACAAGCAACCGACCAAGAUAUUUCUAAAGAGACUAGCAAGCAGCCAUCGAAAUGUGUUCAAAUAGUUAAAUGUGUGGAUGAAGUAGAAUCUAUAGAUAAGCUCACUUGGCGAAACAAUACGCACGAUGAGUCCAACCCAUGCAUGGACAUUUCAGAAACAGUCACGGUUUGCGACUUUGCACCACUGCCAGAAGAAGAGAUCGUAAUUCAAACUACUUACGCUGAACAACUUGCUGAAGGGAAUCAAACUUCCACUAAUGAAGCCAGUAGCACGGCAAAGACCUUAGCAGAAGAAGAAAUAACUGCCAAUGUUGUUAAUGAGAGUUCAAUGAACAUUUCCAAUGUUUUGGAUAAGUCAGCGAAAUCGGAAAAAUGGAAUAUUAUCACUAAGCACACGGCAGAUAAUCUGUUGGAUGAAAGUAGUUCGGAGGAUAUAAAUUCGACAACGGACUCACAAUCUUCACGUGACGAAACGAAUGGGAGCUGUGCUACGAAGACACCAUCGCCGACACUUUCGGAAAAUUCCAAUAGAAAGCCGACAAAGAAACCAACACGCCGUAAUGAGAGACGUUCAAAACGUGGAGAUAAGUCUGGCCAUAAAACUUUAGAAGAGACAUUCGCAGAAAUAGCGGCUGCAAGUUCAAAGGCAGUUUUGAAAUUGAAGGCGCAGGAAGUUGACGUAGAUAUUGUAGAUACAGCAAAAGUAUAUAAUGAAGAGGAGAUUUCUAAAUUUGUUGAUUCAAUUGAAAAUACAGCUGAUGCAAAAGAAGUUUCUACUGCUAGCGUUGAGCUAAGUCAUACGCCUAUUAAUUUAACUGAGCCAAAAAAUUUCGACGAAGAUGAAGUGCCGAAUGUACAAAAUACUAUUGAAGUGACGACAGAGGAAACAACAACAGAAAUAUGUACGAAGGUUAUGUCGUCUGAAGAGGAACGCGCCGUGCCAAAAGUAGUAAUAUUACCAGAAGAUAUGGAUAGUAAUUCAAAUCAUUCGUCGCCUUCACGACGCGGGCGCAAGACGAGGAACAAAAAAGAAAAUAAUAAGCCAUCAACGAGCACUUCUUCUAUUACAGCAGAGUCAUUGAGUGGAAAUAAACCGAAAGCCGCCGAAAUGUAUCCGGUCGAUGAGCCUAUUACUGCCAUUACAAAUACGUUCGCCGAGGUUAAUUUAGAAAUAACACAACAAAGUUUGUACACAUCCAUAAUUGAAAUGGACGAAAAUGUUACCAAUAAUGGUGACCAGAUUAUCAGUGACACAUUGGAGGAAAGGAAUGCCAAAGAGUCAAACAUAGAAACAUUUUUGGAACCAGAAAAAUGUGAUUAUUCAAUGACUACGGUGGAACUUUCAUCUGAGGUUGACCAAGUCAUGAACACCACAGGCGUCGAAAUAUCAACAAAUAUUUCCGAGAACAUAGCACCUGAUUUUAGUGACCACAGUGUAGAAGAAAAUAAUGACAAAAAUGAACCAUUUACAACAAAAACGCGAAAACACAAACAAGCUACGACUUCGGCUAUUCAACAAGCCGAGCGCGUUGAACUUAAAGUAGAGAGUGUUGAGACGCAAAGAGAGUGUGGUCAAAGCAACGUCACUGCACCCGAAGAGCGGAUUGAACAACGAGAAGAAAAGCUUGUAGAACCGUCUAAAGAGUUGCUACAAAAUAAAUUGGAAAAGUUAGAACAAAGUGGGUCGCCACCACCGUUAAAGGCGAACUCUGUCAUUGAAUCGGUUAUAAGUAGCGGCAUAUUGGCACAGAAUGUAGACUGUCAGCUCGCAGAACAGCGUGAACAGUCAGGUACACCAGUCGAUAAGCCUAAAAAAAUUCGAAAACGUAGAAGUAAUAAACAGUCCGAUGAGAGGUCUAACGAGUUGGAGACUAAAGAUCAAGAUAAAUCAGAAGAUCAGGAACAUCUUGGGACUAAAGAAAAAAGUGGCGAUGCAGAAGAUAACGAUGGAAAAACACGAAAGCCACGAAAGGGAAAGUCAGCAAACGAUGCGACCAAUGAUCCUCAUAGUGAUACGACGGUUACAGUGCCAAACACAGCUGAAUUAAUGGAAAAAGAAUUGGCCAAAGCGCCGCCUAAGAAACGUCUGCUCAAAAUGCAAAUGGAGUUGGAGGAAAAGAGUUGUGCCUACAAUGCAGAAAUGCCAAGCACAAGUCAGGCUAGCGCUGAACAAAAAACGACUUCAGCCAAAAAGUCAGCAAGCAAUUCCAGUAAAACCAAAGAAUCUACACAGAAAAAAUCGAAGAAAGAUGCGCAAUCGUCUGAUCAAAUGAAAAAACGAGAAAGUCUCGAAAGUCAAAUCGAAUCUUCCCUUGACGAGGAAAGUCGUUCAGCGACAUCUACACCUGUGGCUAAACGUUUCAAAAAGCAAAUGGCUUUAGAGGAUAAAACAAGCGGUAAAAGGAAGUCCAAGAUGGAGCAAACUAUUAGUAGCAGUGAGAAAAGUGAAAUUAAGGACAGGGAAAGGAAAGGAUCUGUAUCAAAGAAAUCGGAAAAGAAACAAUUUUUGGCCACCGAAGACACUACAAGUAAUGAAUUAGCUAAGAAAAUGGAAGAAAGAACUGCGAAGAAAAAACGGCAGAAGAAAUUGAAAGAAGAUUUUGAGGCAGCACUAAAGGAUGCGCUCACCAAAACAACAGUUCCAGCUGAACCCAAUAAAGAAAGCGCCAACCCUACAGAAAACAUUGUUGCAGUGCUGGAAGAAGGAAAAAUACCAGAGAUAAUUGCCGCUACAACCGUUUGUGCCACCGUUUUUGAAGACAAGCAGAAUACUGUGGAGGAAGAUCCAAUCAUUAAGGCUACUGAAACUACGGUAAACAAUGAGCUUGAGGAAGAACCAGAUCCCUUGAAGGACAUUGAGAAAUUCAUCGAAGAUGGCGUCAACUUGCUCAAACGUGGCUAUAAGAUUGAUGACGACAGUGUAGAUGAAGUUAUUUGUCCGAAAACACAUCUACAAAAAGAAGAAUAUAAAUCGGAUGUGCCGGAAAAUGAAGAAAAUCCGUCUACUGUGGUUGUGGAAGGCAUGACUACACCUAAUGAAAGCAUAUCAGGCGAUAUUACACCAGUUGACAAAACAUUCGAAGAAGUUGCUAACACGCUCACUCAGAAUAUUUAUUACGAAACACCGGCUGAUACACCAGUAGCUACGCCGACAACCACACCGCCACCAAAAAGUCCUAUUCAUGAUCCGGCAAUUGACGAAAUAACUGGAGUUCGGCGUUCUCAUCGCAUUAAACAGAUAACAAAGACACCGAAGGCGCUUGUGGGUCGUGGGUUGGUGCGUGAAAAAGAGCGAUUCUCAAUUAAAGACGAUGUCGAAAUGAAAUCUCACUACAGUUUGGAUGAUCAUCUGACGGAUUUGGCGCAUGUGGAGGCGAAGAAUGCUAAGUUCCUAAAAGAAAUGGAAGAGCGUCUGAGUAACUUCCAUGUCAUUAAAGAGAAUGAGUACAAAUGUGAGCGUGUCGUAAGUAGAGAAGCACGCAAAAUGUUGUGUGAUUGUUUUUUGACAGCCGAGGAGGAAGAGCGUGGUGAAUUGGGCUGUGGUGAAGAUUGCUUAAAUCGUUUAUUGAUGAUCGAGUGUGGACCCGAUUGUAAUGUGAAAGAUCGCUGUACAAAUAAACGCUUUCAGAAAUUGCUAUGUUCACCAUGCCGUGUCUUUCGUACGGAAAAGAAGGGCUUCGGUAUAAUGGCUGACAUUGAGAUAUUGCCUGGUGAAUUCAUUAUGGAAUAUGUCGGUGAGGUAAUCGAUGGCGAUGAGUUUGAGCAGCGACGUACUGCAUAUUCGUUGGACAAAAAUCGUCACUAUUACUUUAUGGCAUUACGAAGCGAUGCCAUAAUCGAUGCCACAAUCAAGGGUAACAUUUCACGCUUCAUUAAUCAUUCCUGCGAUCCGAAUGCGGAAACCCAAAAGUGGACUGUAAAUGGUGAACUACGAAUUGGGUUCUUCAGUCGUAAGUCCAUUAUGCCAGGUGAAGAAAUUACGUUCGACUACCAGUACCAACGUUACGGCAGAGAGGCACAACGUUGUUAUUGCGAGUCGGCUAACUGUCGUGGUUGGAUAGGUGAAGAACCCAAUUCGGAUGAGGGUGAACAAAUCGAUGACGACAUUGAUGCGGAUAACUCGGCAGAUGGCAGCGAUGAUGAGGAUAGUGAUGAUAGCACGGCUGAUGGCGAUGAUUUACAUAAAAAAUUAGACGCAUCCAGCAAAUCACUAAUUAGCUUAGAGGAUGGUAAAAUAAAGUUGGAUGACAAAUCGGAUAGCGCGGGUAAGGACAAGAAGAAAAAGGUGGGUGACGAUGAGCAUAGAGAUCCUGAGGCUAAGCUGAAAAAGCUAAUAGGCAAAUCUGCUGAUAAAGCAGCGCGAAAAAAGAAACCCAGUAAAGAAAAGAAAAAUAAGAGACUAGGCAAAUCUGCUACUGGUGAGCAAUCGAAAACGUCACGUUAUUUGGAAGAUCCGGAUAUCGAAGACGAAGUUAAAUUCCUUAGCCGUGGCGGGCUAAGGAACCAAUCGGAUACGUUGCGGUUUUCACGUUUGGUCGUACGCGCUAAAUUACCGCAAACUCGUCUCAAUCUGCUGAAAAUUCUGCGCAAUGCCGAUUUGCCAUGUCGCCGACUGUUCUUGGACUAUCAUGGACUGCGUUUGUUGCAUGGCUGGAUGAGCGAAGACGGUGGUGAUAUGGCGAUUCGCUUGUCACUCCUAGAGGCGCUUGAGAGUUUGCCGAUAGCAAACAAGACUGUACUCACUGACAGUAAAGUCUAUCAGAGUGUACGUAAUUGGUGUGGCAAUGCGUUGUCCGCCAGCAGCGUUCCAGCUGGCAAUGCAUCUUCGCCAAGCGAUGAAUCGUCGAAGGAAAGCACAAGUAGUAAUUCACAUACGGAGAUAGCUAGUGGUCAGGAGGUACCUUCGGAUCUGCAGAAAUUAGCUGUGAAAUUAACCACGGCAUGGAAUAGUUUGCCAGAAAUUUUCCGCAUACCAAAACGUGAACGCAUCGAACAAAUGAAAGAGCACGAACGGGAGGCUGAUCGACAGUUUGCCGAAGCUUCCGUCGACACUAAUCGUUCUGUUGUAAGUGAUCGUUAUCAGCGCGAUCGUUUCGGACGCGGCCCUACCACUUCGCGUUAUUCCAAACCCAGUUUCAGCAAAGAUAAUCGUAACAAUAAUAUAACCGUUGUAGGCUCAAUGCCCAGCGGCGAUCCACGCCGACGUUCGGCGCAUGAUAGCAACGAAAGUAUGAAGCAUUUGUCGAAGGAACAGAGACGAGAGUUGUUUGCUGCUAAGGUGGCACGCGACGAAGCCGAAAAGCGUUUGGCUGAAGAGCGUAGAGAAUUCGAAACGAAAUGUCGUUUCUUUGGUUUGGACCCCAAAAAAACACGCACGCAGGAUGUUCCUUUCUGCGUAGACCCUUCAACAGGUCAAUGGUAUUCCAUUGCCCGCCAACCUAUCCCCACCCCACCAUGCUACGCACACGUGCAGGUGCAGCCAAAACCAAAAUCCACCGAUCCUGAAGAUUACAAAAUACCUGCAGUUGUUACCAACUUGCCGCGUCAAUGGAAAUACGCCAUUACAAACUUAGGCCAAAUAUAUUACUACCAUAAGAAGCAAAAAAUAUCUCAAUGGCACCCGCCAACGCUUGAACAAUUGCAUGCUGCAGCCGAGGAAGGCGACAGUUCGGACAGCGAGUCCUGUGAGGAAGCUAAAUUGGCAAAUGAGAGCAGCGAGGAUGAUGAAGUACUCCUAGGAAUGGAUGAGGCUCAACUCAAGACUUUUAUCGAUAAGAAGGUAGAAAAUCGUAGGCAUAAGCGUUAUAGUCGUUUGGUGGAUGAGCGUCCAAUUAGUCCACGCAAGGAGGAAGAUCGCAUCUACAAUCAAAUAGAGAUGCGCAAAUACAAAGAGAAUAAAGAAAAAAUACGCAAACGUAAGGAAGAAAUACGACGCAAGCGCGCUGAAGCACUCAAAGCAUCUGCUAUGGGUGGCGUAAGUGUCAACGUUGGUGCAGACGGCUUAAAUAGCGACGCUGCGAAAUCCAAAAAUGGCGAGGCCGACGAUGAACCGGAUGGUGCAAUACCCAUACAAGACUAUUUGCUCUCAUCCGAUGAGGAGGAGAUUAUGAAGGAGGAAUGUAACAACAGCCCACUCUUGGACAAAAUCGUGCAAGGCGAUAAGAUUGUCGACGAAUUGGAUGCGCUUACAACAAAACGUGCGCUCAAGCGCGCAUUACCGCCUCAUCGAGAGCCGAGCGCACAGGCAGGCCAGAGUAAUAGCAGUAGUAACAGUAGCAGCGGCGGCGGCAGUGAGCAUAAGCGACGUAAAUCGGAGAAGAAAGAGAAAAGCAAAAAGAGCAAGGACUCGGAUUCCAAGUAUCGUCGCAAUAAGGAAAAGUUCCGUUGUGAAAUAGCUGGUAUUAUUGUGCAACACUUAAAGCCAUAUCGCAAGGAAUCUUGCACGCUCGGUCGUAUACAGAGUGAUGAAGAUUUCAAUCAUCUCGCGCGAAAGCUCACGCACUUUGUUAUGGUUAAGGAGCUGAAAUACUGCGAGUCUGUUGGUCAGACUCUAGUUGUCACCGAAUCUGUUAAGAAUAAAUCCCGCGAAUUCAUUAAAAAGUACAUGGCGAAGUAUGGCGGCAUGUAUGUGAAACCCGCCAAUGAUCCGGAAUUUAAGGAGAUUCCAUUUACUAUUUAAACAUAUUUAUAAUUCUUCUUUAACUGAUGACUAUAUAAUAGGAAAAAAACUGCUGGUAAGCCAAUUUCUGAAUUCAACAAACAGCGAUGGAUUUUCGCUGACUUCAGACUUCACUUUUUUUUUGUAUUAUGAAUCAUUUUGCGACGUACAUUCUGUUUUAACUGCAUAGCGUCAGCAAUUGAGUCGUUACUAUUGUUUAGCUGCAAAUUUGAUUUUGUCAAUAUUUGCAUUGCAUAAUCUUUAUUUGUAUAUAAAUUGUUGAAAAUUAAACGGAACACGACGCUGUUAAUCAUAUUUACCGUUCCAUUGGUAGACUUCGAAAUAUUUAAAUAAAUUUUUAUUAUUAUUGUAAUGCUUAGUAUUUUUUUUUUUUUUUUUUUAGUUUUAAACCAAUAUGUAUGUAUUCCCUUUUUACAACGUGUGAAUUGUGGUGUAUUUUUAGAGACACGAAUAUAUUGUUUCUAUGCUGUAAUUACAUUUUACGAGCUAAACUCAACGUAUAUGCAAUUAUGUAAAAGUUGCUGCACAAAUACGCAAGUGCAACUGUAGAUUCAAUAAAAGUGAAAUAAACAA